CGCUGCUAUACUUGAAAACGAGAUGUGCUGCUAGCUUUCACUUGGUGCAAGCUCCUUCAAAUCCUUGUUCUUAAAAAUUGUAAAAUUCAGUAUAAUCUUUGCCUCGAAGACUGAAAUGAAUGACCAGGCAGAUAGAACAUUAUGGGUUGGGAAUCUUGACCCAAGAGUGACUGAUGAAAUACUCUUUGAGCUGUUCUUACAGGCUGGCCCUCUUCAACAUGUCAACAUUGCAAAGGACAAAGAAGGCAAUCAGAGGAACUUCGCCUUUGUGGAAUUCAAGCACGACGUCUCUGUACCCUACUCCAUGCAGCUCAUGGGGGGACUUGCCCUCUUCAACCGAGGCCUUCGCCUGCAGUUCCGAAGCGGCAGCAAGCACCAGUCGACGCCCCAGCAGCCCAUGAUGCCAGCCACACCCCCAAUGCCACACCCAGGCUUUACAGGUGGUGGUGGCAGCGGUGGGAUGGGUCUGCUUGGGGCGCCUCCCAUGCAGGGCGGGGGAGCAGGGGGCAGGCUACCACCUCCCAUCCAUCGGUCCACCUCAGCACCAGGCAGUAUGGCUAAGAUGGGGCAGGUCUUUCAAGGAGGUGGUGGUGUUCCUCUCAUGGGGACUCAUCAUUCUAUGGGAUCACCUAUGGGACAUCCACCACCAGGCAAUGUACAGAUGCAAAGCAUGGGUCUUCCACCUGGUACACCAUUUUCUCAAGGAGCUGCCAUGCAAGGGAUGCCCUUAUCAAACCGGAGAGAUCAAAGCCCUACACACCAACCAGGCUCUCCCAGACACAGCUAUGACUCUCCAGAGAGAAGAGGCUCUGAUAGUCGAGGUCCUCCCAACCGCACUACUGACCGAUACAGUGACGACAAUCGAGCGAGGCCAGAAAGGGACUACAGUUCGCGUUUUGAUAACAAGGAAAGUCACGAUUUCAACCGACAGAGGAGUUACGGGCGCGACGAUGGUUCUGAUUUUCGUGGAAGGGACAGUUCGUUAGACCAAAGAUCCAGAGAUAGGGGAAGGUACAAUGACGAGAGUAGAGUACCAGACCUUGAUGGGCGUAGAGAUUAUGAUCAGGAUAGGCAAGGAAGAGAUCGGUAUCGUGAUAGGUCAGAUGACAGGAGUGAGGGCAGGAGAGGAUUUGAUGAUGGACACUCGCACAGAAGAAACUACCAUUCAGGGAGAUAACUCUUGCCAUUAUUUUUAGGAAUUAGUUUGUAGACCUUCCAUGUUUUAUAGAUUUGAAAUAUUAGAAUUGGGUUUUAAAUAGAUGUAAAUCAAGUAAGAUCGUUUUCAUUUUGGUGAGUAUGAUCUGACAAUCUUACAUGCAACACUAAAGGAUUGUUCAGAUAUUAGGCUGUACCAUAUUUGUGUUUAUAACAUGUCAACUGCAUGCAGCAAUGGUCCUGCUCGUAUCUACGGAGCUCUUUUUUUAUAACAUAUAGAUAUGUCUAGUGUAUAACAAAAUUAGCAUGCUUUACCGCGUAAUACUUACCUAAAUGAGGCUCAAGUCAGUUACCGGUACUUCAAUAACCUAUGUGUUAUAAGUAAAAUUUUAUUUAUGAGUAAUUGAGUAUUCAUUCUUUAUUGCAAGUUUUCUUCAAGUUUUUAGUUCAGACAGAAAACCCACUCAGUUUUGGUAUUUAUCACUUAAGAUUUUGUUUUGAGGAAUACUCUGAGGAAGCUGCAUAUGUGAUAUUACCAUCUAGAAACAAAUUGUGACGAACCUAUACACUCCCCAGAUCUCUGCAAUGGUUCAGUCACUGUUAUACUGUUUUUUUGAUGAUCAAAACCCUUUCUUUUCAUGAAGAAAAGAAUUUAGGCUGUUUUACAGUCACUUUUUGCAGCCGUUCCUCUCAUCCUAUAUUGAACCUUUAUUGACAACAGUGAUACAUGUAUGCAGAGCAUGCCUAUUGUUUUAUCGUUAUGCAAUAGUUUCCAUGACUUGUACAGAAUAUUUUUAGCAGGCUAUUAGAACGUGCUCACUUUUUACUAAAUUUUAAUCAAGUUUUUUUGUAAACCCAUUUUACAUUCUAGCACUUUCUUCAGUAAAAAUCCAUCAGUAUCAGAGAUGCCAGUCUUCAGGCUUUUACCUGAUUUCAGGCCCUGACAACUUCCCAUUUCAGGCUUUUUCAGGCGUGAUAUUGUACAGUUCAUAUGGGGCUUUAACGUGUUCUGGCUUCUUUUCAGGCCCAGUGAGUAGAACUGACUGGCAUCCCUCCAGUAUAAUAUGUGUUCUUACACAUUGACUUUGUCUGACUCUGAUUAAUCUCUUCAUAUUAAUUUUUGUUACUGCCAAUACUGUGUAAGAGGCCACUCUACAUGUACGUUCCUUUGCUUGGCAAGAUGGUUCACACUGUACAGUAAGAGCAGUCGACUCACAAUCCAGCGUAAUUGUAAUCAAAUACAGGGUCAUUAAUUCCUUAAAUAUUCUGACAUUGUGAAUAAGCAAUCCAUGUAUUGUCAUUUGUUGAAACUAGACGCCGAAUCAUAAAAUACUGUUCGUUUUGCAAGGUUGUAUCGAUAGAUGAUGCUUUAAAUCUUUUACCUAGCGGCUUUAUGGGAAAUGUUUCAAUAGCUAAGGAUUUUUCAAUAGAGUUUGUGAGCCCCUAAAAGUCUUAC